CCGCACAGACACAUUUGUUGGGUACAUCGAUAACAAACUCGCCAGCAUUAUACACACCUUUGUUCCAACAUGCUGUCGAUGUGGAUUUUAAAUUUUCUACAGAUGGCAAUGAUUUUACCUUGAAGAUACAAAUUUUACACAGAAGGAGAAAUAUUUUUUAUUUGCCCAUCAUCUCUUGUUCAGCAAAAUCGUUGAUCUAAUCAUGGUGCAUAUUUUAUCCAAGGAACUGCCAUUAUGGGUGGAGAUAAACGUCUCAAUUGCCUUGAUCAGGAACAAGUAGAUUUUGAUUUAUCAAUAAUUGUGAUCAAUGUCAAAAUAAUAUUAUCAAGACUGAAAAAUAUUUUAUUUUUGGAGUUUAGAAAAAAAAACCAUCUGGUUCAAUAACACACUGUUAAUUGCUUUGUGAAUUUUCUUGAAAAGAAUUAAAUUUAGAAAAAAAUUCACAUAAUGACUACGGAUAAGUCUUCAGCCAAAGAGGUGUUCUUUAAUUCAUGUAAAAAUGGUGAUUUGAAUACAAUUAAAAUUAACUUGUUUCACAAUGUAUCACCGUUCAGUCUUGAUAAGUAUGGAAACAAUGCUUUGCACCUAGCUUCUAUGAACAAUCAACCAAAAGUAUUGGAAUACUUAUUAAAGACUGUCAAAACUUAUAAAAGUAACUUUCAGAAUAAAAUUGGACGUACUGCUUUAAAUAUUGCAGCCGCUCAAGGUGCAUAUGAGUGUAUUGAAGUUUUAUUGAACUAUUUUCACUGUGAUAUCAAUUCAACAGAUAAGAUUUUUCUCAAUAGUCCAUUGCAUUGGUGUGUUACAAGCAAAUGUAUCAAAGGUGUUAAGAAAUUAUUAGAUGUGGGAGCUGAUUUUACUUCUGUAAACAAAUUUGGUAAAACACCUUUACAACUUGCCAAAACAACAUGUCUGGACAUUUUUCAAUUAAUAGACAAUUUUAUCAAAAAUAAAAAUAAGGAUCAAAGUUUGCAGACAACUCCACAUAUUAAUGAUAUUGAAACAAAAACGAAAACUAUCUCAAAAUCAUCAAAUUUGUCACAAUUUAAUGUAACUAAUGAUAAAACAAAAUCGAAUUCAGAAGUAUUUGAUAAGACUGUUAAUCAGCAAUGUAGCAAUUGUGAAACAAUACUAGAUCCCAAUUUGACAUCUAAUAAUGGAGAUGAAUCAUUUUAUUUAGAUAUUUCAAAAUUAAAAAAUGGUGAUAAUUCUGUUUUAAAAUUACUGGAAAAAUCUAUUGAACCAGUAGACGAAACUUCUUUUGUAUCAUCUAUUUUAAAUAGCGGAAAAGUUAUUCAGUUGACUGAAGCUGGUAUACUUGCUUUAGAAUAUACAAAAAACGAAAUAAAUACUCCAAUUCCUGAUCGACUUGUACAAAGCUUCUUGAACACAUCUCAACAGUAUAAUGAUAAUGAAAAUCAUCUUGACAAUGAAAAUAUUGAAAAAGAUACUGAAUCAGGUUCAAUAACACUUUCCAGAGGAUUAAAACGGCUGAAAAGUCCACAACCCUGCUCCAAAAGAUUUAAAUAUACCGAAAGUACUAAAAUUACAGAGUUUGAAAGUUUAUUGGACCAAUUGAGUUCUAAGUUUACUAAAACUGUACCCAGAGUUUAUAAUUCAAAUUCCUAUUGUCCGCAAAGUUCGUCAACUACAGAAAGUAGUACAAUGAGAAAUAACGAAGUUUGCAAAAAUCAAUUAGUAUGUGUAAACUCUGAUAUUAAUGCACAACCCAAAUGGGUAGAUGAUCUGAUGUGUUUAUUGCAUAAAUUAGAUAAUUCGGACAUAGUGGAAAAUAAACCAAUUGAUCUACCUUGAUAGGCAUUGUCAUUUCUUAAUAGCAUCUAACUAAUUAGGUUGUACCAUUUAUGUCAUUCCUACUUGUGCCAAUAAGCAAAAUACAUUUUUUGCAUUUAACAACUUAUGUAGUAUACAUUUUGUAAAUAAACGGUCACAUUUCUACAGAGUAAGACUGAUCCAAAAAUCUCUUCAAAACAUUAAUACAUUGUUUGUUAAUAAUAUAGUCAUCAUUAAUUUUAAAUUGUUUUAAGUUCUAUGUAUUUUUUUUUAUUUGAAUUGUUUUUAUAAUUUAGGUUCUCAAAAAAGUAUGAAAUAAAAAAAAAUAACUUAAAUAACUGUUUAACUAUUACUUUAUUUAUUUUUUAAAUUGUUUAUUAGUUCUUUAAGUGCUUU